AUGGACUUUCUCAAGAACGCAGUCGGUGGCGACAACAAUGCCAACCAGAACCAGAACGACAACCAGCAGGGCGGUUCUGGCGGAGAGAAGAAGGAAGGCGGCGGUGGUUUCUUGAGCGGACUUGGCGACAAGAUCAACGGAGCUGCUGGCGGUGGCAAGGAGAGUGAGAAGAACGAGGACUACCUGGACAAGGGCAUCGACAUGGUCCAGGAGAAGUUCAUGGGUGCUGGACCUCAAGACAACGAAUCUGCAGUUGAGCAGGCCAAGGAUGAGCAGAUCUCUGACUUCAUUCGCGGACAAUACAAAUCGACGACUGGCAGCGACAUGCCGAUCAAGGACAAGCCAACCUCUCUCGACCGAAACACCGACUAA